UAACCAGAUUUUUAAAUGGAAUUUAUAAAAUAUUAAGUUUGUACUAUGUCUCAUCUAUACAUAGCAUAUGGUGUAUGGUAUUCAUUUCGUACACUAAAAGAAUUAUGGUAUUUUCAACGGCACAGUUGUUUAUAAGAUGUCGAGGUCCUGAUGAAUUCUGGCGAAAACGUCAAAUAUUUAAACUCGCCGCACAUUAUAUUGGAAGAAGAAGAAACUGUUACAGUAUAGCUAUUAGAAAUGUACACAGAGCAUUGUUGAAAACUACGAAAGGAAGAUCACUUAAAAAAGCAGAUAUGAAAGAGCUUUGGGAAACUAGAUUAGAUGGUGCUUCAAGUGAACAUGGUAUUACUUUCAAGGUACUCAUGGAAGGAUUAUCUAGGUGUAAUAUUUUAUUAAAUCGUAAAUCUUUAUCAACUUUGGCUAUCUGGGAACCACGAACAUUUAAAUGUUUAUCCAAUAUUGCUUGUGCAAAAGCAAAAGUAGGAGGUAUUAAAGAAGUUGAUAAUAAUUCUAUGCCUGAAACUGUUAUGAUUAAAGGAUUAAUUGAUGAAUUAGAUUAAAAAAAUUGUAAAAUAAAUGAUAAAAUUUACAUUU